AUGGAGGUGGCGAGCAAGAUUGUGGGCGUGUGUGGGCUUGAGCUCAUGUGCACGCUCGAGUAUUCGGGCGGGAGGCAGCAGAGGCUGCUCUGGCGGCGGCAGCGGGUGCCAGGAGCCAGAGCGCAGCAUGCCGAGGAGCAGGAGCGGCUCACGGCCCGGGUAAGCGCCGCGCCGGCACCUGCUGCCCUUCCGGGCAGGCGGUGUCGAUCCCUUCCUCCGCUCGUGGCCCGCCGGGAGCCGCUGUCCGGGGUCCUCGAACCGCCUCCGCGGCCGGGCUUCGGUCCCGCGCGUGGCGUGCGCCCAGAGGCCCUGGAGGCCAGGCCUCUCUGUGUGUUGGGCCGGGGCCCUGCGCCCGGCCUCGCCGCCGGCGGCCGCUUUGUUCAGCACGGCCGGACAAGAGGGGGCGCUGCCCGGCACGGUGGCGGGGGGAGGAUAGGCUGUGCUGAAGACCCAGCCUGGCUCCAGCUGCCAAAGGACCCCAGCCUCCCAGGACUGCAGCCCACAGCCCUCUCUUGCCCACAGGAUGGGAGCCUGGGGGCUGGUGGCCCAGCCAUGAGGGACUGCUGCCCCUCCCAGCAAAAGGCCAACCCAGUACCCCCCAGGCACACCCCUGACCGAAGCCCAGGCAUGGACUCCAGACACAGCAGCCCCAGUGGGGCUGGGGAAGGGGCCUCCUGGUCCAAGGGCCCUGUUGAGAGCUUGGCCUGCCCCUCCCAAACCUGCAUCCCUCCCCAAGAGGCAGCCACCAAGGGGACAUUGGGGAUACAUGAAGCCUCAAUCUCAGGGACACCAGAAGCCACCUUCUCUGGGAAGUCAGGGGUUUUGAAGGCAGAGCCUGUGUCCUCAGUGAAAACUGAUCCCGCAUCUUCAGAGAACAGAAGUCCUGUGUUCUUGGAAAAGAUGGAUUCCAAGUCUUCAGAGAAGGCAGAUUUCAUUUCUACUUCAAAGGAAGAUGCUGGGUCCUCAAGGAAGACAGAUCCCAUAGUUAUAGGACAGACAGAGCCUGUCACCCUGGGAAAAGGGGAUUGUGUGUCUUCUGGAAAGAUGGAUCCUGGAUCCUUGGGAAAAGAGGAUCGUAUGUCCUCUAGCAAAGUGAAUACAGUGUCCCCAAGGAAGGAGGACCCUGAGUCUUUGAGAAAGGUGGAUCCUGUGUCCAUGGACAAAGUGGAGCCUGUGUUCCCAAGAAAGGAGUAUCCUGGGUGCUCAGGAAAAGGGCACCCUGUGUCCUCAGAAAAGGUGGGUCCUGCAUCCUUAGGAAAGGUGGAUCCCAUGUCCUUGGAAAACAUAGUUUCUGCAUCUGCAGAAAAGAUAGAUCCUGGGUCCUUGGGAAAGCUGACUCUAGGAUCCUCAGGCAAGACAGAACCUGUAUUAUCUGGAACAGUGGAACCUAGAUCCUUAGGAAGGGGCGAUCCUACAGGCUUGGGAAUGGCAGAUCUUAUGUCUAAGGGAAAUGCAGAAAUUGUGUCCUCCACAAAAGAGGACCCCAAGUUCCUGGGAAAGAUGGAUCCUGCCUCCUCAGGAAAGGUGGAUCCUAUAUCUGUGAGAAUGAUGAAAACUGUAUCUGCUGGGCAGAUGGAUCCUGUGUUUUCAGGAAAGAUGGAUCCCACAUCUUUGAAAAAUGUGGAGCCUGUGUCUUCAGAUAAGGUAGGUUCUGUUGCCUUGGGAAAGGUGGGUCCUGUGUCCUCAGGAAAACCAGAGUCCUUGUCUUCUGAGCCUGUAUCUGUGGAAAAGACAGAAACUGCAUCCUUAGGAAAAGAGGCCCCUUUGUGCUUCAGGAAGGUGGAUCCCAUUUCUGUGGGAAAUAUAGCAUCUUCCAGAAAAGUGAAUCCUGAAUCUUUAGAGAAGAAAGACCCCUUGUCCUCAGGUCCAGGGGAUCCCAAGUCCUUGGGGACUAUAGGGCUCCCGUCUUCAGUAAAACCUGAGGCAGUGACUAGGGGGGAAGUGGGACCACUGUCCUUGGAGAAGGCAGACCCUGUGGCCUCUGGGAAGGCUGAGUCCCUGGCUUUGGGCAAGGUGGACCCUAUGAAGACCAGGGGGGAGGCAGAAGCUGGCCCCUCUAGAGAAGUGGACUCUGUGUCUUCAGGAAAGGUGGACCCCACAACUCCAGGAAAAACAGCCCUUGUGUCCUUGGGAAAGGGGGAUCCCAUGUCCUCAGGAAAAGCAGAAGCUGUCCCAGAGAGAAAGGUGGAUCCUCCGCCUCCAGAGAAAGGGAAUCCUGUGAACUCCAGGAAAGUGGAACCCAGUCCCUCAGGAAAAGCAGAGCUGACGACUGAGGGCAAAGCAGAACCGAAGCCCCCUGGGAAAGAAGCCCCAGCGUCAUCAGGAAAAGCAGAGGCCAGGAAAAUAGCUUCCGUGGCCCUGGGGAAGGCACCCUCAGCGUUUCCAUCUCCGAGAAAAGCAGAGCCCCCAACCUUGGGGAAGGUGGCCCCCAUGACUCUGGAGAAAGCCGAGGCCUCCUCCUUCAGGCAGGCAGAUAAACCCGGCGGCGCAGCCCCUUCUCCCGAGGGUGUGGGGAGCGGCGGGGGCCGCACAGAGCCAGAGCCCGCGCCCCGCACCGAGGCGUCCAACCUUGGUCCGAAAGACCCGGCGGUCGCUAGGGCCGCGAAGAGCCCUGGCCCCGAGUCCACAGCGCCCCCGUCCGGGCCGCGGACUCGCGACAACUUCACCAAAGCGCCGUCGUGGGAGGCGAGCGCCCUCCCGCCGCCGCGCGAGGACGCGGGCACACAGGCGGGCUCGCAGGCCUGUGUCUCGGUGGCCGUGAGCCCCAUGUCUCCGCAGGACGGCGCGGGCGGCCCGGCCUUCAGCUUCCAGGCGGCUCCACGCGCGCCCAGCCCCGCGCCCGAGGACGCAGCCAAGCGCCCGCCGGGUCUCUUCCGCGCGCUGCUGCAGAGUGUGCGGCGGCCGCGGUGCUGCUCGCGGGCGGGACCCACGGCCGAGUGA